CAUAUGUUCUGCGAAUCGUGGCCUCUUUCUACAGCAGAUACACAAUAGGAGGGACUGGGAUCAUUCGAGGAGCUAGCCAUCGUUCACACAUACAAUAAAUAGCCUGCUAAUACCUUAGCUAGCUAUUAACCACAUGUUGAAUUCAGAAUGUUGAUAUCAUCCUAAAAAGUUACAAGUGCAUCUUAACAAUACCAUCCACUUAUGAGUAACCUCUAAAUACACAUCAUUAUUCAUGAACAAAACACUGUGUGUAUGACUUUGUACUGAAAAUAAUCAAACUUUUCUGAAGACAUAAAAAGCGUGACUACUACCUCUCUCAGGAUACAAAAUGAUUUGAGCAGGCAGGGCAAAACGUAAGAACACACUCCACUUCAGCCAGGAUGCAGGCAUGCAUAAUAACAAAUCAACACGACAUAUUAAUAUAUGAACCUGGUGAAAUUCACAUAGUACUUUAACAACUGUUACAUAUGCAUACUAUAUACAUAUUUAUUUACAACAUUUACAAACCAACAGCCUGCAUUCAUCCAGUUUGUAUAAAUUAUGAUAGAUGUGUGACAUGAAGCUAUAUUGGGCAAUUUGGGCAAAGGCGUAACAAUGACUGUCUUGGACAAAUAGACAUUUGGCUUAAAACAUUUAUUCAUUCAUGGGCAAUAUGUGUGCAUGCCCUGAUCAUAUCAGCUUACUACAUCUGUCUUCCCUCACCAAACCCAUCAAUGAUUUGAUUUAUUUGACUAUAAUAUAUCAGUUAUGGCCAACAGAGGGCAACAUUUAUCCAUAUAAUACGAUAAAACCUCACUGAACCUAAAUUAAUUGGGUUACAUUGUAAACAUUUUUCAGAUAUCGUAUGUGAUCAGAAACAAUGCAUUAAUUUCCCGGAGUGGUCGCUCUGUGCUUUUGUAGUUGACGUCAUAAUGUACGAUGGAAUAUAAGAAGCCUAUGACGUAAACGAACUCAAGAAAAUGUUCAGUGCGCUACUUUUGCCUCAGUUGAGUUGAUGCUUUGCAAAGGACACAGUCAUCCUCAUGUUCAAAUAAAUCACUGAGUGAACAAAGACAUUCUGUGUGAGUACAGCAUAACGGGCCAAGAUGUUGUAAAAAAAAUGUUUGAAAUUUAUUUUAAAAUGUAUUUGUUUAUUUAAAAAAAUGUCAGGUCCAAUCUGAAGGGUGCCUGAAAGCACAAUGGAUAGAAAUCAUAAACCGUUGAGAAAAAUUAUUCUAAAAGCUGGGACCCUCCAAGCUAGUGCUGGAGAGCAGGUCCUCCAGACAGACAUCACUGACCAUGAUGGACUAAGGCUGCCAGCCCUGGUAGACUGCCCCAUUGACAGCCCCCUAAAGGCUAGGACCCUCCAAGCUAGUGCUAGAGAGCAAGUGCUCCAGACAGAUGUCCAUUCCGCUGGCCAUGAUGGACUAAGCCUGCCAGCCCUGGUAGACUGCCUCCAGGAUAGCCCUCGAAAGGCAGAUGUCCAUUCCGCUGGCCAUGAUGGACUAAGCCUGCCUGCCCUGGUAGACUGCCUCCAGGAUAGCCCUCGAAAGGCAGAUGUCCAUUCCGCUGGCCAUGAUGGACUAAGCCUGCCAGCCCUGUUAGACUGCCUCCAGGAUAGCCCUCGAAAGGCAGAUGUCCAUUCCGCUGGCCAUGAUGGACUAAGCCUGCCUGCCCUGGUAGACUGCCUCCAGGAUAGCCCUCGAAAGGCAGAUGUCCAUUCCGCUGGCCAUGAUGGACUAAGCCUGCCAGCCCUGGUAGACUGCCUCCAGGAUAGCCCUCGAAAGAACCUUGUGCCGAAGCCCCCGCAAGGCCCCAGGCCCAGCCGAGAGGCAAAUAUAGCAAAGGCAGAAAAGAAGGCCACAGAGGUUAUCAAGGCUAGAAGGUCUAGGGAGGCUAAGUCAGGGGUGAAAAAACUAUGCCGCCAAGUAGUUGGUAUGUUGGCACUGCCUCAAACUCUUCUAACUCAAACAACCAGUUACAGUGUCCUGCCAGCUAUCAAGAAGGGCACUAAAGUUACCCUCCAGUCCUCCAGCUCCCUCUCCCUCUCCCUCUCCAAUGACAAGGAGGCACUAGGGGCCGUCUGCCAGGUCCUGACCACCAGGGUGGGAGACAUCCUGAACAGUACCUGCAACGACGAUUACAAGGCCAGGCUCAUCAUCCAGAAAGGAUUGGAUUCCGGUGCCAGGGAAAGGUUCCCUGACUCUCCGUGUUCCUCUUCCCCCAAGGACGAAGAGGAGGUGGUUGUAAGUGUCAUGACUGUCUCAUACCCUAAACCCUCCACCUCAACCCAGGCAGCAUGGGCAGCUCCUGCCCAGACUCUGCAAGAAGAGGUGGGGGGGGCUGAGCCCCCCGAGAUGAGUGACAGCUCCCUGAUGCCCACCAAGAACAGGCAGGACCCCCUGGAGAAGAUUCCCUCCCUCCUACCAGGCAAGGAGCACAUCCUCCUUUGCAGCACUCCCUGGGCCACCGUCAUGAGCCCCCAGACUCUGAAGUUUAUUCUCCACGGCAUCAUGUGUCGACUGGAGGCCUCAGAGUCCCCCCAGACAAGGAGGGCCAAUGACCCCUUCAGGCUGAUGAAGGAUCUCUUUGUGGAGGUCCAGCAUGCCCUGAAGUAUGCUGACAUCUCUGUCGUCUUUGGCCUGGAGGAGAGCAUCCAAUUCAGUGGUGAGGAUGCGGUGAAGGCCAUCGUGAAGACUGCGGCGAAAAGAUUGUCCCUGCAUUCGGACUCCAACCGGGCUCAACUGCGUGCCGCACGCUCUGGUAGCGAGGGAGCCAUCAGGUGCAUGGCAGACACCAUCACACAAAUCAUAGAUGACUAUUCGGAGGACUGGAGUUUCGAAUGCCAUUUUGGAGCCAGGAGGAGCCGUGGUAGUGGGAGGUCACACUCCUCAACCUCCUCAAGGAGUGACGUCACCCUCACCGAGGAGCUCCUGGCUUGGAGGGAAACCCUAGAAGAGGACCUAGAGGAGAUGGCUGAUGACAGCACUGGUUUGGAAAAGACCCAUGUAAGCUCAGCCAUCUCUGAAAAGUCCCAGGUAAUUAUCUACCUUUCUGAAAGCACCAAGCCCAUCAGCAUUGCCCUCUCCACAGACCUCGAGGACUUCACCUCCACACAGGUGAGACGGCCAAGAACCAGUAGAUCGUUUAGUUAUUUGGGCUGUUUGAUUGUGAGGCAUCGACUCAUGUCUGUUUCUCUCUCUACCAAGAAGGAAGAGGCUAUGAAGAAAGAAGUGAGGAAGUCAGGAAAGAAGAAGCGAGGAAAUAACAAGAACCAGAAGAAGAACAAGGUGUCUCCUCUUGGCAAUGAUAUUACUGUGGCUGCAGAUGAGACUAAGAAAAAACAGGCUCUCCUCCCGCGGAUCACAGCUGCCCUGGCAAAACUAUUUUGCUUCCCCUGCAAAAAAAAAAUGCAAAAGUAACUGUGCAGAAGACGAGUUUGGGAAAACCCUGCUGCCACCUCCCCCAACCCACUUUCUAAAUAAAGUCUCAAAGCCAACAGAAGAGGGAGGGAGACAACCCCCCUACUCACAACUCAUUUUAUUACACCCCAUUUAAUUCAAUAAACACAACUUGCAGCUAUUUUGAUCUUCUUCUUGAGUUGUUGUUUUACAGACCCACCUGCAUGCUAUAGAUUCUUAAGGUCAACUUGCUGUCUACUACAGUAUCAUUGUUAUGAGUAUGUUCACUGUGCCAGUCAUUAUAGCUAGUAUAGGCUAUAAUAAUGCCCUAACCUAAUUGCAAUUGACAUAAUAAGAGUUACAUUUGAAUAAUUCCCUCAUUUUAUAUUUUUUCUAGAGGGAAUAAAUCUCUAAAGCACUAUAGAGUGCCGUCCCUAGGAGGGGUGCGUCACUUGAGUGGGUUGAGUCACUGAUGUGAUCUUCCUGUCUGGGUUGGCGCCCCCCCCUUGGGUUUUGCCAGGGGCG